AUGAAGAUCCUGGUGUCCCUACUUAUUUUGGUAUCAUCUACAUACGCUGGAGAAACUAAAGCAACUGAAAAACGUGGAGUGUUGGAAGGAAAUGUCCACUCCUUGGUCUCACCACUGGCCCUAUCAUCACCAGUCGGAUUGCAGACCGGCCUAAGCCACGGUCUUUCUCUAGGCGGACUACAACGUCACACACUGUUGACAUCUCCCUUUUUGAACAUUAAAUCAGUCCCAUUAGAUUUGCCGCUAAUUGAUUUGGGACAAUCUUCCCAUACAACUAUAACCAAGAAAGUAGGUGUUCCAGUUCGUCAACCUUAUGCUGUGCCAGUGGAUAGGCCGAUACCUGUACCUGUACCGCAUGCAGUACCAGUUCCAGUAGAUCGUCCGGUCCCCGUUCAUGUUGCUCAACCAUAUCCUGUACCAGUUGAAAGGCAAGUGCCUGUUCCCGUGGAGAAGGCAGUGCCUGUACCGGUGCAGGUUCCUGUUAGAGUAGAAGUCCCAGUACCAUAUAAAGUAGGAGUACCACAGCCAUACCCAGUUGAAGUAGCUAAACCAGUGCCAGUACCUGUACCAUCACCAGUCCUAGUUAAACAACAAGUGCAUGUUCCACAACCUUAUAUCGUUAAGCAACAGGUGCAUGUGCCUCAACCAUACCUCGUGAAACAACAAGUUGCUGUACCACAACCUGUCUUUUAUAAACAACAAGUGGCAGUACCUCAGCCUGUACUUGUCAAAGAACAAGUAGCUGUACACCAACCUGUUCUGCUUAAACAACAUGUACCAGUGGCUUCUCCUGUGCUAUUGAAAGAACAUGAUCUUCAAGGAUAUUCUUCAUUGUUAGUUUAA